AUGGAGAACGCUUACAAGAUGUGGGUAGAAGGGAAAGAGGUGAAAGGUGGAGCGGAGCAAAUCGCCGUUGAAGACCCCGCAACUGGAGAAGUGUUCGCACAAUGCCAUGCAGCAUCCGCUGCCGAUAUUGACAGUGUUGUCAAAACUGCACACAAUGUCUUCAAAUCGGGCGUCUGGUCGAAAGCGCCCCGCCAUGUUCGCGCGGACACGCUGGACCGUAUCGCCGAACUCCUUACGAAAAGUCUCCCGCGACUCAUCGAGCUGGAAGUACAGCAGACGGGACGUGCGAUUCGCGAGAUGAAUGCGCAAGUUCCCACCCUGACCAAAUGGUUCAAAUACUACGCCGCCUUAAUACGAACCGAAGAGCGUUCCGUUUUGCCUACUGUCGGUAAAUUGCACAACUGGAUCGAUCGUAAGCCACUCGGUGUUGUUGCGCAAAUUACACCGUUCAACCACCCCAUGUUGAUUGCUGUUAAGAAAAUUGCACCUGCAUUGGCUGCUGGCAACUCAAUUGUGCUGAAACCAAGUGAACUCACGCCACUCACCAGCAUCGAGCUUGGCAAACUCAUGAAGGAGGCCGGCUUACCCGAUGGCGUGUUCAACGUGUUGCCAGGUGACGGCAGCACGACCGGGAAAGCGCUUGUAGAGCAUCCGCUCGUAAAGAAGGUUGAUGUAACCGGCGGCACACCAGCUGGGCGCGCCAUCGGCGCUAUCGCAGGACGCAACCUUGCACACUAUACCGCCGAGCUUGGUGGCAAGGCGCCCCUCAUUGUCUUUGAACAAGCGCACGUUGACCUAGCAGUGAAUGGCAUCGUCUUCGCUAGCUUUAUUGCCAGCGGCCAAACAUGUGUGGCAGCGACGCGCAUCAUUGUGCAGAACGAGAUUCUCUCUCAGGUAGUAGAGAAACUGAAGGCCAAGGUGCAAAGCAUUGAAAGGCGAAUGGGCUCACCAAAGAACGUGGAGUCUAUGAUGGGACCUCUCAUAUCCGCGAAGCAGCUAGGUAACGUUGAGACGCUAGUCAAUGACGCAAAGGAUGCAGGUGUGACCGUUGUUACUGGUGGCCAAAGGAUGAACGGCAAGUCUUCGCUGGACGACACCGACUUCUCGAAAGGCUACUUCUACCCACCAACCAUACUUACAGACAGCGCUUCAAAGAAGAUUGUCGACACACGUAUAUGGAAGGAAGAGGCUUUUGGCCCCGUCAUCGUUGUCGUGGGCUUUAACACAGAAGAAGAGGCGCUAGGCCUAGCAAACGAUAGCGAAUUUGGUCUGGGCGCGGCCAUUUGGACACAAGAUCUUUCGCAAGCUUUCCGGGUGUCGGAAAGCAUCGAGAGUGGCAUCUGCUGGGUCAACACGCAUCACCGUAAUGACCCGAGCUCGCCAUGGGGCGGCAUCAAAAGCUCGGGAGUGGGCAGCGAGAACGGCAUCGACGCUUACAAUGCGUAUACGACAUCGAAAAGCACCAUCAUCAACUAUGCCACUGCAGAAGAGGGUCUGGUGAGCGAUGACUGGUUCAGGGAGGGCACCGGUGAGGUCAGGUAUGGUUGA